UGGUGCCGCGCGGCGGCGCUGUUGGAGGGGCCGCUUCCGGCGGGGCGGCGCGGUGCCGGGGCUGGUUCGGCUUGAGUGGUGCGACCGGCUGGGUUGGCGCCUCGUUCGUCGCCAUGUCGGCCCUGGAGAAGCAGCUGCACUUGGGGCGCCUCCCGCCGCGGCCCCCGCUGCCCAGCGGCGGCGGCCAGUCCGGCUCCAAAAUGCGCAUGGGCCCUGGAAGAAAGCGUGAUUUUUCACCAGUGCUUUGGAGCCAGUACUUUGAAUCUAUGGAGGAUGUUGUGGUAGAAAAUGAAACUGGCAAGGAUACUUUUCGAAUUUACAAAAGCGGAUUGGAGGGGCCCGUCUUACUGCUGUUACACGGUGGAGGCCAUUCUGCUCUUUCCUGGGCUGUAUUUACUUCUGCAAUCAUUAACAGGAUUCAGUGUAGGAUUGUGGCUUUAGAUCUCCGAGGCCAUGGAGAAACAAAAGUUAGGAAUCCUGAAGAUUUGUCUGCAGAGACUAUGUCAAAAGACGUUGGAAACGUGGUUGAAGCUCUGUAUGGGGACCUUCCUCCCCCUAUCAUGCUGAUCGGGCACAGCAUGGGGGGGGCCAUCGCAGUGCACACGGCAGUCGCAAAUUUGGUGCCAAGUUUACUGGGUCUGUGCAUGAUUGAUGUUGUGGAAGGUACAGCCAUGGAUGCGUUAAACAGCAUGCAGAACUUCUUGAGGAGUCGUCCCAAAACAUUCAAGUCGAUUGAGAAUGCCAUUGAGUGGAGCGUAAAAAGUGGACAAAUAAGAAAUCUUGAAUCUGCCAGAGUUUCUAUGGUCGGUCAAGUCAAACAAUGUGAAGGGGCUGCCAGCCCUGAAUGUCCUAAAGCCAUAGUGGAGGGUAUUAUUGAAGAAGAGGAGGAGGACGAAGAGGAUGAAGAAGGGGGAGGCUCUGUCAAUAAAAGGAAGAAAGAAGAUGACACAGAGACGAAGAAGGAGCACUUAUACACAUGGCGAAUUGAACUGGCGAAAACAGAAAAAUACUGGGAUGGCUGGUUCAGGGGUUUAUCUAACCUCUUCCUAAGCUGUCCAACUCCAAAGCUUUUGCUUUUAGCUGGUGUUGACAGGCUGGAUAAAGAUCUAACAAUUGGACAGAUGCAAGGGAAGUUUCAGAUGCAGGUCCUCCCACAGUGUGGCCAUGCAGUCCAUGAAGAUGCUCCAGACAAGGUUGCUGAAGCUGUUGCAACGUUCCUGAUCCGUCACAGGUUUACAGAGCCCAUCGGUGGAUUCCAGUGUGUGUUUCCUGCUUGUUAAUACCCUGGUGUUCUCCAGCACUGAGUCCUGUUGUAAAUAAACUGCACCAGAGGCCACUGUGAUGUAUCCAUAUCCUUUCAUCUCUCCAGUUCAGCAGCAGUGAGAAGUUGGUGUGAGAUUCAUCCCCUAGAACUAGUUCUCCAGAACGUGUAAAUGCUUAGGGACUUCCUUGUUGGGAAGCAGCUUGUACUGAAGACCAUGAAAAGCUCUUCAGGCCCUUGGAAGCGGGCUCCUCUCUGCUGCCAGAAGGAAAGACCUCCUGAAAUCCCAAGUAGUUGAUCAUACCGAUCUCCAUCAGUUCUCAGGCUUUCUUGGACCCAACUGCAAAGGGGCUGUUGGCAGUCCAGAUCCACCAAGGGCAUUGCAGCAUAGCCAAAAGCUUCAGGAUUUCUCCACGGAAUCAUCUAAUCGUCUUUGAAGUGCCCCCUAGGUUUGUUUUUUAUGUACACAUUGCAUCCCCUAAAGCAAUUGAGGAAUUGGCUUCACUGGAAGCUUGGGUUUCACCUCACCAGUGCCAGCCUUAUGAGUUAAGCUGCGGGAAGAGCUGAGAUGCUACUUUCCUGUGCACAGUUGGACUGGACCGUAGAACAAAAAGACAAGGUGGGACCGUGUGCUCCAUUUCAGAGUCUUGCAGUAUUCCUAAUACUUGUUUCAAGUUCUCACUGAGAAAAAUAGCCUGCGUAACUCCAUCUACUGCAGACACAUAACAGGCAGGGGACUCUCAGCCUGCUUUUAUGGUGGAGACCCAAGAGCAGCAGCAACAAUGCGGUCAACAGGCAGUGUCCCUGUUUGGCUGUUCUCUGUGCCUGGAAUGUGUUUAUGCUUCCCUCCUUGUAGCUGCUACACACAACUGAGCAGAGAUUAGCACCUUGGGAUGAAACAUUGCAAGAAUGCAGUAGAUAAAACCCUGGAAGAGCUUGGAUUCAGUCCUGCUGGUGUUGAUGCAGAGGUGUAGGCAGCAGCUGCUGUGUUAUGCUCCCCCCAGUACUGGAGAAAAGACCUUGGUUUCACUGUCACUUCCUAGAUUGUUUUGCUGUGCCUGCCUUCCGUAUUUCCACGCAAAUGCAGUUGUUACGCAGAGAGUUUUUCUUCAGGGUUAAAUUAUGAACAGACAGUUUGUCAGAUUGCUUUCACCUAAGAAUCACUCUUGAGCUUGAAAGCAGGCACGUUUUGGAUCAGUUUUUCUCAAUACUUUGCUGGUGGUUGUCCAAAAUAUGUGUUUGGUUUUUUUUUCCCUUUGUGUCCAUAACCCUUUGAUGCUGUAUGAUGAAAGCAGUAUUUUAACACUGUUUUGCUGAGGCAGAGUUCUGUCGUUGGCCUGAUUUGGGAGCUGUGAUGAGCAUCCCUUCAUAUAUCCUGUGACAAAAGCCAUCAUGAAUUCUUGGCAUUUGAGAGGUGCAGGUGGGGCAAAGGGAGAGCUGGCAAAGCCCGCUUUAACCUUGAUGUUUACCCUGAUGGAGAGCCACUCAUCUCCUCUGAUUCAUUCACAUGUGAGCCCUGGACACAGCAGUCAUGGCCUUGCUCUGUGUCUCUUCCGUGAGACAUCAGGGUGGGAAAUGCCUGAUUUAGAGAUGAGAAAGUCUCAUUCCAGAGAGCUCUCCUCUUUCCUGGCUCUUUGGCCAUUGGCACUCAGGUGUUGAAAGAGCAAUUGCUGGCUGCUGGUGCUUCCCUCUGUAAGUCACCAUGUUAAUUAUUGCAUUAGUUUACUGUGACCUCAAUGUAAUGUCCACUCCUGGUUUGAUUAAAUGGAUCUUCAGUAGCUGAGAUGCAAAACCGCACUUUCCCUGGCUGUAUCCUGAUGAUUGGCAAAAUCCUGGGUCCUUCCCAGUUGACUCCUUUGUUCAAAUUGUUAGAGAUUAAGUAAUACGGUGUGUACGUCCAGAGUCUCACUCACUUCAUGGAAUAGUUAAGCAUGUGCCUGUUGUCCUACUCAUGAAUGAUCUUGGUAAAGUCACAUUCCUCCGUGCUGAAGUAACUCAGAGGAUCUGGCUUUGAGUGAUUUGUUGCGGUAUCUCCUUGCAUUUGACUCUAAUGUUAUUCCUUUCAUUUGCUUUUACGGUUUCUGAAAUCGUAAGAAAAAACCAACCCCCAACCCUCCAUGGAAAGCAAAAGAAAAUCGGUUUUGUAUUCUGUAGAAGCACCACUAGAAAAUGAAUGACUGUUUUCUGAAUCCCGUGGGCUCCCCAGAAUUAUAUUUUGUUGUUAACAUUUGAGAAGUGAUUGAUAAAUAAAUAUUUCAACAGCCUAUUUAAUGUGGCGUUUGCUCCAUGCCAAGCUCUCAGUCCUGACUUCCAUGAAAUAGGCAGCCAUUCAGGGACCUGUGUAGCACUGGCUUCCAAAAAAGGUGACUACAGCGAUGGCAGCUAUUGCAUGUGGGUGGAGGAGGGAAUUCCUUUCGGCUGUGUCGAGCUGCAUUUUUGAGAGUGUACUUUUGUUUGAAAAAUAUUAAUACUCUUGUUGCAGUUUCUCCUCCCUUUUCAAGGAGCUACAAGCAGAAAUAAAUGCUAUUUGGGCGAAGGAUAGCACAGACCAUGGUAAAAGUAGCUGCAGAGAGAAGAAAUGUUGUCUUUGACUCUUGUAAAAUGGGGAUAUCUAGAAUAUCCCCCCUAACUGCCAGCUUUUCACUGCAUUUUUCCCCAGCCUGCAGCAUUGUACUGUCUCUGUGUGAAAGCCGAUAAACAGGAGGAGGCUGUCUGAAUUCAAAGAUGCUGGUUUUAUUCCAGUACUUUUGAUUAUAUAGAAAUCUCUCUUGCUUUUGUUCCAGUUGUUGGGUUGAGGUUCAGUGGAAACUUUUACAAUGGAAAAUCCCAAAGCUUGGCAGGAGCAGGAGGUGCAGUUUGGGAGGCUGGUUUGUUGCAGGGUUCACUUCUUAAAUUUUUCAAAUCGGACCCAGGGCAGGUUUUGCCAGCUCAUGUGCACUGGACAAAACUGUCUGUGACUUGUAGAUUCCAGGAGCAUUGAAAUUGCUGGAAAAAGAUGUUUCCUCUGUUGCCAAAGUGUGUAGUUUUGCUUCGAAUAUAGAGCAUGCAAAUACAGCACUCGGCUGCUGCUCUCUGCACAUGCUUAAGCCAGCACAGAUGCUCCUGUUUUGAAAAUGCUGUUAGUAACCCAAGCGAUUGACCUGUACAGACACAGACACUCGCUGGUGAUGUGGUUGCUGAAUCGCACUGCUGUACAGGGCUCACUCUUCUUUUCAGCCUUAUCUUUUGUCUUCAGCCUGUCCUGGUCCAGAUGUGAAGUAGGUGGGAGAUAGUAUCAAAGCCACGUAAACAUACCAAUGCUUAUUGCAAUUGGAGGUCACUUUCUGUGCAACUGAGACACCCUUUGAAAAAAGGAAGAAAAGCCUUAUAGUAAAGAAUUAAAAAUCCCUGCAGUGGUAUAGAGAUCCUUGGUCUGUCCAGCUGGGUUUCUUCCUCCAGGCUACAACUGGGUUUUCAGAAAGGAUGCAGCUAUAGGUAAUUGAUUUUUUUGUUUGUUUUCCCGUUUUGGCAAGAGGAAAGGACUGGGCAACCUGAGAAAGCCUAUUCCACCUCUGCUUUCCACACGUUUGUGAUUUGCAAGGCAAUGCUGAGAUAACCUAGGAAAGGUGGAGUGCUCCAGUGCUUGGCAGCACAAACCUUGCAAAACCCUACGCCUCCCCCUGCCCCAUUCUGCACUGGUGAUGGUGAAAUUGUUCCUGCCUGACUACUGAGCUUAUGAUCAGGGAGCUCUUGGAGGUGUUUAUGUUGUGAUAGACCCCACUGGUAGCACCAGUAGACCAGUAAAUACUGUGGGGAGGCAGUUCAGAGGCAACCUCCUUGCUUUUCCUCUCCCUGCAGGGCAGGGCCGAGCAAUUGCAGUAGGGCAAAGUCAUUUGCUGGCUUCUCAUUUAGUGAGACUAUCCCAGGACUCCAUAAGUUUUAUCAGUGUGCUGUCACAUUCAACAGGGUCUUCGGUGAACGGGGGAGCACCCAGCAGGUAUUGGAGCAGGAGAGAAAAAACAGCUUUGUGCUGAGGUUCUCCACCUCCUUGGCUUUAUCUCUGAUGUUUCUCCUCACUUCUGCUAUUGCCUUUCAUCUUGGGUGCAGAAGGGCCUGGGAGGAGAGGUCUUCAGAGGUGUCUGGCAAUCAGCCAUUCACUGGUUUGAACUGGUGCUCAACGCUCCUGGAAAUCUAGACCUUGGAUCUUCAGGUAAGGUCAAAAAGAGGGUUUAUGGGUUGCCUUUUCCAAGAAAACUUGGCCCUGGUGCAUUAUAACACCAUCUCUGAGGUUGGAGCUCUGCUCACAGCCUGAAACUGCCAUUUGUGUUGCCCAGACCUGCCUCUCUUGGCUGUUGUCUGCCCUGAUCUGUCCGGUAACGCUGCACCCUUGGCAAUGUGUCCGAGGUUUGAGUGCUUGCUCCGAGCUUCGUUGUUGGAUGCUUGGCAAGUUUAGGCCAAGCUUUCCCAGUCUGGUGAGGUGACCUCUUAUAUGUGCUGCUGUUUCCAAAAGGAAAAUGUGUGUGUGUAUUUCCAGAGACCGCGCUCUGUGUCCUGUGUCAACCUCAUCCUGUUCCUGUCUUGUUCAAUGUCUGUUUCUCUCGCCUACAAAUAAAGCAUUUGUGAAAAGCCUGGGGUAGGAUCUCCUCCUUUCCCUUCAGCUGUGGUACUGGGGCUCCUCAGAGCAGCCUGUGGAAGAGGUAUGUCGAUCCGGCUGUUCCUUGGACAUCCCUGAGGCCAGACCCAAGCCUUGCGUUUUCUGGUGACUCAUGGAAGCCUCUCAUCAUCCCAAAUAUUUCCUUCUCCGUGCUCCAGAGUGGGGAGGAGCAGGGGAUGCAUUAACCACAGCUUUUCCCUUCCCACAUGUACAGAAACAUCUCCAAGUAAUAAAC